CUACCAUCAUCGUCCUAAAAAACUGUCCUCUUCUCCCGCUUCAUAAUUUCUGCAGCUUUACUUCUUAACGGAAUCGACGCUUUUUUUUUUCUUUUAUCAGGAAAAUUUCCACUCCACCGCCGGAAAAUGAAGACUCUGGCCGUCGAUCAUUAUCUGGAUUGCCUGAGCGCUGAUGAUACUGAUUCAUUCUUGGCCGCUUUUUUCGAUUUAUUUUCAAGCCCUAAGCAAAAGCGAGAUUAUGUUUAACUUGCCAGAGCUUCGAAGCUAUUCCUUGCUUUGUCUCUCAGAUGGCUUGCAAAUUACUAGUAUUACCUAGCAUUAGUAGUAUAUUAUUGACCGUAAUCGGCAAAAUGAAGGUAUUUGUUCUAGUUUAAACCUCUUCGAUUUUGGUAGAUCGUUGAUUUUGGCCAAAUUCUCGUUUUUUGUGUUGAUAGAAUUUGGUGAUCCGACGACGAUAUACUGCCCACAAGUCAUCGAUUUCUAGCCUUUGUAAUAUGCACUGCAUAUUUCUCCCUGAUCGGUGCCUUUUUUUGUAACUCUUAGAUAAUAGUACAGGAAAAGGGUUUUUGUAUCUGUAAAAUUUUUUAGUACAAGUGGAGAUGAUCAAAAUUUUUGAAGUCAUCAUCGUUGACUAGUAAACAUUUAAGAAAGCGUAGAAAAUAUAGGCGGGGAAGUUUUCAUUCCCUGUUUUGUUAACUGGAUCACAAGAGACGUGCCAUUUCCCAUGAAGAUUCAACCAAUUGAUUUCACCUCACCCGAAGGAUCAUCAGCUCCUCGAUAUGAGCCGGUGAAGCCGGUAAUCAAGUCUCGGUUCAAGCGGCUUUUCGAGCGGCAGUUCUCCAGUGUCUUGAAGAUAUCGGCUCCGGAGAAGUCAACAGGAACCAUCGCCGGUGGAGGAGAGUCACAUUUUGGCAAGGAAAAUUGCGAUGACUUCGAGCUGAGUUCUGUUUGCUUGGAUAAGAUGGUGGAGAAUUUCAUCUACGAGAGCGGUGACAAUAAGCAGAGGUGUGGCCGGCAGCGGUGCAAGUGCUUGAGGGGGAACGGUACGGACAGCUCAGAUGAUGAAGCCGACUCAGUCAAUUGCUUCGGUGAAUCAAACCAUACCAGUUGCCCCGAUGCAUGUGAUUCCCUCAAGAGUUUGUUACCAUGCGCUUGUGUUUCUGAGAGAAACCUAUUGGCUGACAUUGCGAAAAUCGUUGAAAAGAACAAAAUUGGCAAGCGCAAGGACCAUUUUUGCAGAAAAAUUGUGACUGAUGAUCUUUUAACCCUCGGAUAUGAUGCUUCAAUCUGCGAGUCUCGCUGGGAAAAAUCCUCCUCUUUCCCAGCUGGGGAAUAUGAAUACGUCGAUGUUUUGUUUGAAGGCGAUAGGCUGAUAAUUGACAUCGAUUUCAGAUCAGAAUUUGAGAUUGCAAGGUCCACUAAAGCCUACAAAUUGAUCCUACAGGUCUUGCCGAUUAUAUUCGUCGGCAAAGCUGAUCGUCUUCAGAGGAUUGUGAGCAUUGUCUCUGAGGCAGCAAAGCAAAGCUUGAAGAAGAAAGGCAUGCCCUGUCCCCCGUGGCGAAAAGCUGAAUAUGUCAUGGCCAAAUGGCUCUCUCCUUACACCCGAGCUACACCGAAAUUAACUCCAAUGCCAUCAGCAAUGGAUUCCCAUGAGAGGGAUGUGAAAGUUGAAAGGGAAGAUCCUUUAAAUCUAAAGGAGGGCUCUGGAAGAGAGUUUGAGCUGACGAUCGGAGAGAAAAUCUCUCGAGUUGAGACAAAUGAUUGUGCUGAUGAAAAUGAAGAGAAGUCUCUGAUGGUGGCAAAGCAAUGGAAGCCCCCGGAGACUAAGCCAAAGAGUUCACAGAUUGGUGUCAAGAUCCUCGCUGGUUUAGCUUCUGUCAUUGAAGGCUAGACUUGAAGUUUUGAUAUUUUUAAUUUUUGGAUUUUCUUCUUUUUCUCAUUUUGGUUUGAUCAUCGAAGGACCAAGGCUGAAUGAUUCCCUUCUGUUUUUAUUGCAAGGGCAUGGAUAGGUAAUAUACAGAAAUAACAUGAUGCUAGAAAAUUAGAAAUAGAGAAUAACAGCUUAUAUGGUAGCUUGUACUUCGUCCUGGAUGAGAACCCCACAUAUCUCAUAGUACUACUAUAUCCAGUUUGGCCUUGGAUUUGA